GGAGGAGCCCUGGAUAAAGGGCGAGGGUGGGGGCAGACAAGCCCUGCCUCCCACCAACUCCCUCCAAAGCUGAGUGCCGCAGACCAGCCUUCACCCAGGCUGGGCCAGCCAUGGUGGAGCUGUCAGUGACGCCCCUGUCCUCGCUGGCUGACCGGCUGGUGCGGGUGCAUGUGCGGGGGCUGGCCCCCUCCCAGCUGGUCACCCUGCUGGCCUCGCUGACGGAUGAACGUGGCGUCCGCUUCCAGGCGCGUGCCUUCUACCGCGCCGAUGGGAAUGGUGAGGUGGAUGCCGAGCGCCAUGCUGCCCUGGGAGGUGACUUCACUGGUGUCUGGCCCAUGGGGCUUUUCUGGUUCUUGCGUCCCAACACCCUCUUCCAGCGGCUGGUCAAGCGGGACGUGGCAGGCAGCCCUUUCCGCGUCCACCUCGAGGUCUUUGAUGCCCUCCACCUGGUGACGGGGCCUGAGGACCAGCCGCUGGCUGCCUGCAUCUCUGAGCGGUGGUACGUGGGCCCUGGUGUGCAGCGAGUCCCCGUCCGUGAGGGCAGGGUCCGUGGGGCCCUCUUCCUGCCACCAGGACCCGGGCCCUUCCCAGGGGUGAUCGACAUGUUUGGGGGCGCUGGGGGCCUCAUCGAGUUUCGAGCCGGGCUGCUGGCCAGCCGGGGCUUUGCGGUACUGGCCCUGGCCUUCUUCGCCUACGAUGACCUGCCCCGCGUGUUGGCUGAGCUGGACCUGGAGUACUUCGAGGAGGCAGCUGACCUGCUGCUCCGGCACCCCAAGGUACGAGGCCCUGGCCUGGGUGUCAUUGGCGUGUCCAAAGGGGCAGAGGUGGCCCUGGCCAUGGCCACCUUCCUCCCUCAAGUGGUGGCCACAGUGUGGAUCAACGGCACAGCCUCCCUUCAUGGCACCCCACUGCUCUACAAAGGCCUUCACAUCCCCCCCAUCCCCUACUAUGCCGAGCGCCUGGUGCUCACUGAGCUGGGGGCCUUGGACAAUGCUAGCGUCUUCGGGGACCCCCGGGACCCUGCUCACAGCGCCUCCGCCAUCCCUGUGGAGAAGGUCCAGGGCAAGGUGCUCUUUGUGGUAGGGGAGGCUGACCGCAACUACAACAGCAAGCUCUUUGCCAAGCUGGCCACGGCGCGGAUGCGGAAGGACAGCUACCGCCUGCUCUCCUACCCCGGGGCCGGGCACCUCAUUGAGCCGCCUGGCUCACCGCUCUGCAGCAUCUCAAGCAUCCGGGGCAGCCCCAUGCCAGUGCUGUGGGGGGGCGAGCCCCAGCCCCAUGCCAGGGCCCAGGAGCAAUCGUGGCAGGAGACCAUCCGCUUCCUGGAGCUGCACCUGGGCCCUGCCACCAGCUGCCAGCUGUGACGGUGACGAGGAGUCCAUGGGGGACAAGGGGGCUGGGAGGAGCAGAUGCCAAUAAAGUGCAAGACCACAGCCAGUGCUGGUGUGGAUCCAUCCUGUGUUCCUGGGAAGGGAGGCACCAGCCUUGUGGGCAGGGUCUGGGCACUGGGGAGCUGCAGGACUGGAAAGCCCCUGCCAGGAAAAUGGUCCCUUGUGGGCUGUGCCCUGAUGUCCCCAUUGCUGUGGCACCCGUCGCAGUGCCCCAGGUACCGCCUGUCACUCUACCUCUGCUACGGCUGGUGUGUCCUGCAGUGGGUGUAUCCCCGCUUGGCACCCUUGGCCACCUCCUCCAGCCCCAGCACCCUCUCCUGAGCUGUCGCUGUCCCUGUCCCCGCUCAGGCUGUGCUGUGACCCCCUUCUCCAUCCACCCAGGCUUCUCAGACCCUGGACAUGCUGGUCCUCACUGCGUGGCCUGGUUUUGUGGGACCAGGGCUCUCUGAAGAACUGGAAAUUCAGUAGCAAAUCCUCCCUGGAAUGAGGGUGGUCCUUGAUCUGGCCCAGCAGUUUACAUAUGGUCUGGGAAGCAAGCAAAGCCCCCUUUCCUGCUUGGUUUAAACAUGCUCCACAAUGCACUCAGGUAACAGCGGCCCCAAGCUGCAUCCAUGUGUCGCUGACCCAAGGAUGGCCGCCUGUCUGUCCCUGGACAACGCUUUAGCUCAUGUACUUCGUAUAUAGUGAAUAUAGUCUGAGCAUAUAGUACUAGGAUCACGGUCACUGGACUACUAACAAUUCUUUGGUAAGCGUGUUAAGAUUUUAAUCAGGCUAACAAUAAACCCUUAAC